GCCAGAUCUGUGCCUGGAGACCGUGAUCUCAACGUGCUCACUAUUCCAGUCAUGGACUGCAGCGAGCGGGGGGACCAUUAGGAGACGGUGGGCAAGAAAAAAAAAGGCGCUUUAUUUGCAACACACGGAGGAUGUUGGUGCUGUCUCACCACCCGGAUCGGACACAUGCUCCCUGACAAGCGGAAUUAUUACUAAUAGCUGCGCUUAUGUAAUCAAUGCGCCGGGUUGCUGUGUGUGUGUAUGUGGGGAGGGGGAAAUAGCACCCUGUAGAAUCUUCCCAUUUGACUUAAUAGAGAAUACUGUAUGCCAUAUGCUCUUAGAGGAACCUAUGACAACCCAUUUGUCCUGAUGCGACGCAUGUGAUGGUUGCGGUGGGACGGAUAUCCUUAAUUUUAUCCAAUAGGCGUCCUCAGGUUUUCUUUUUUCUUUUUUUUUUGUAGGACGGUUCUGCACCCCGUUCGUUCUGCGCUGACCUUAUCAGCAACGCUUUAAAUGGAGGAAACCACCGGUGGGAGUCAGUUUUGGACUGUGACUCGUCUGGAGAGGAAGAGGGGGCCUAUUCGGACUUGACCAUCUAAAACUCUGCAGGAUUUCCUCCUCUCAAGUCCAGAGGAAUACCUUCAAGUCCAGGGGGGCUACUGCUGGUCCUCUUGAGCGUUUUUCCCCCGCUCGCUCAUUGGCGCUCGUUGCAUCCGAGGGAAUGGUAGCCGCACCGCAGAUCCACGCAACUCUUUCUGAAUGUUUGGCAUUUUUCGCUGGCGAACAUUUUGACUUGUGAUCGAGAAAAGACGCGGACUGCAGCAGCCUCUAAUCCCUUUCACAUGGAGAUUUGUGCCUCGGUCGUACUGCAAAUCUUGAAAACGGGGACCAGGGCCCUGCUGCUUUUUCAUUCGAUCAACCUCAAUUUCUUUUAUUCGAGAAAAUGCAGAACACAAACAGCGGAUGAACUAUGAAUGCUGAACACAAUGAUCUCUUCCCUCCAGCGCCAGACAAUGAGAGGUCGUAGGCUGAAGGGGGCACUAUCCAACCCCCUCUUUGUGCUGCUUUUGGCCCUUCAGAUCCUGGUGGUGGCUGGGCUGGUUCGUGCUCAGACCUGUCCUUCCGUCUGCUCAUGCAGUAACCAGUUCAGCAAAGUCAUAUGCACGCGCCGCAGUCUAAGGGAUGUUCCAGAUGGCAUUUCUACCAACACUCGCUACCUGAACCUCCAGGAUAACCUCAUUCAGGUAAUCAAGGUGGACAGUUUUAAACAUCUGCGCCAUCUGGAGAUCCUACAACUGAGCAAGAACCACAUCCGCAGCAUUGAAAUUGGCGCCUUCAAUGGGCUGGCCAGCCUCAACACCUUGGAGCUCUUUGAUAAUCGGCUCACGACAAUCCCCAAUGGAGCAUUCGAGUACUUGUCCAAGCUGAAAGAAUUGUGGCUAAGAAACAACCCCAUCGAAAGUAUACCAUCUUAUGCCUUCAACCGGGUCCCCUCGCUUCGAAGGCUGGAUCUAGGUGAGCUCAAACGUCUCUCCUAUAUUUCUGACGGGGCUUUCAAGGACCUGAGCAAUCUCCGCUACCUGAACCUGGGAAUGUGCAAUCUCAAAGAGAUCCCCAAUAUCUUACCUUUGGUAAGGCUUGAAGAGCUAGAAAUGUCAGGUAACCAGCUUUCUGUUAUAAAGCCCAGUUCAUUUACAGGGCUAGUGAACCUCCAGAAGCUGUGGAUGAUGCAUGCCCAGAUUCAAACUAUUGAGAGGAAUUCCUUUGACGAUCUUCAGUCACUGGUAGAGCUCAACCUGGCUCAUAACAAUCUUACAUUUCUACCCCAUGACCUCUUCACACCGUUACAUCGCUUAGAGCGGGUCCACCUCCAUCACAAUCCUUGGAAUUGCAACUGUGAUAUUCUGUGGCUCAGCUGGUGGCUGAAGGAAACUGUACCAGCCAAUACCAGCUGCUGUGCACGUUGCCAUACUCCCUCAGCGUUGAAAGGUCGCUACAUUGGAGAACUGGACCACAGCUACUUUCAGUGUGAUGUCCCUGUUAUUGUGGAGCCACCCAGUGACUUGAAUGUGACCGAAGGCAUGGGUGCAGAGCUUAAAUGUCGUACAAGCUCGGUGACCUCCAUCAGCUGGCUCACACCAAACGGCUCACUGGUGACUCACGGGGCCUACAAAGUGCGUUUGUCUGUCCUCAAUGAUGGGACGCUGAACUUUACUAGCGUCACAAUGCAGGACACUGGGACUUACACCUGUAUGGUUAGCAACACAGCAGGCAACAUUUCUGCCUCCGCUGUGCUUAAUGUCACUUCUUUGGACAGCAGUGGGGUGACCUAUUUUACCACAGUCACAGUUGAGACCACUGACAUGAUGGGGGAGGAUAGCCAAACACCACUUCCCCCAUUUGGCUGGGUGUCUUCCUCAACAACAAAAGGUACUCCUGUUUCCACAAGGACCACAGAGCGGACUUACACCAUUCCAGUUCUUGAUCCGGAGGGAGAGGGAUCCCUGGAUGAGGUGAUGAAAACCACUAAGAUUAUCAUUGGCUGCUUCGUGGCCAUCACACUCAUGGCUGCUGUUCUGCUGGUUAUUUUCUACAAGAUGAGGAAGCAACACAACCAGCAGGAUCCCGAUGGCCCUGCCUCCUCCAUGGAGGUCAUUACCGUUGAAGAAGAGCUGGCAGGUGUUGCUGCCAUGGAGAGACACCUAUCGCUGCCCCCUCUGGAGCACUACAACCACUACAACACCUACAAGAGCUCUUAUCACCAUCCUCCUAUGCUCAGUACCAUACACAGCUCAGCCACACAGGAACCUUUACUGAUUCAAGCUUGCUCAAAAGACAAUGUACAAGAGACCCAAAUCUGAUUUUAAAUUUGACUAAAUGUCCAGCAUCAGCCGUUACACACUUGGAGUACAAUGGACCAAAACGCAAAGAUAAAAGAAAUUGAAUGCCAUUGACUUCACAGAGUUGAUGUCAAUUAUGGCGAUUAGUCAGCAUUUGGCAAAGGGACGACAUAUGAAACUUUAAAAAGUGUCUUUACAAAAACAAAGA